CGGGUGACACUAUCUAUUAUCUAUCGAUGUGAAAGAUGAUAGACAAGAGUUAGCAAGAGAAGGAAGAGAAACCAUCACACUCACACCCUUUUUGCGCAGAACUAAACUUGGAUUUUGUUUUGUAAAUGUCGGAUUAUUACGGGCCGCCAGGGGGAGGAGCCGCCAGCGCCUCGGUGCUGGGAGGAGUCGUAAACAGCGACGGUGGAGGUGGGAGUGCCCUCUAUCAGCAGCAGCAGCAGCAGCAGCAGCAGCAGCAACAGCAACAGCAACAGCAAACCUAUCGCAACAACAACACUACGGGCGGCGUCCAUCGCCAGCGCAACCCUUACCACAACAAAAGCUACAACAACGACCACGCCAAGAUUUUUGUGGGCGGCCUGUCCUGGCAGACCACCGAGGAAUCCCUGCGGUUUCACUUUGAACAGUUCGGACCCGUGGCCUCGGUGGACGUCAUGCGGGAUCGGAACACGGGCGAUCCGAGGGGUUUUGCCUUUGUUGUCUUCCAAGAUCCUGCUACCAUCGAUGUCGUCAUGAGCGAGGGCAAGCACGAGAUCAACCAUAAGAUCGUCGACGUCAAGCGGGCCCAGGCCAGGGGCCAGGCGCCCCCGUCCAUACACGUUGGGGACGGCAACCAGGCAACCGGCGAUGCGUCGCACGGAGGCAAGCAAAACUCCCAGCACAACGGACAGAACCAACAGAGCGAACUGACGCCAGAACAGCUGCACAACAAGGUUUUUGUGGGAGGGAUCCCGCCGAAUAUCGACAAGGAGGGACUCAAGGAAAUAUUCGAAGAGUUCGGACCYGUGGUCGAUGCCAUUGUCAUGAUCGACCAGGUCACAAACCGCUCCCGGUGCUUUGGUUUUGUGACCUUCGAAAACGGGAGCAACGGUGCACAGAAGGCGAUCGAAAGACAGCCCCUCAGCAUACAGGGCCGCCACGUCGAAGUCAAGCUAGCCACGCCCAAGGCGGAGCAGCGGCGGAUGCCCUCGGCCGCGGGGCCCAAACACGUGGGCCUGAGGGCUGGCAUCUCGGGGACGACCCACGGGAAAUACGCCGGCUUUGCGGUUGCCUACGGACGAUCGGGAUGGAAGGCGGGAUACGGGACCUUUGCCUUUGGGCAGUCGGGCUGGGGGGUCAAGGGCUGGGAAGACGUCGGAGGGAUACCGGUUCCGGAGAGGGCGGGCUUUUCCUUUUCCAUGCUCGAGGAAGAACCCGGGAGCACCGAUCACAGCGUGUCGCAACAACAGGAACGGCACGAUCACCCGUCCUCGUCCUCGCCUCCGCCGUCGAAACGAGCAAGGCACUGAGUGGAUUGGAUUCAGAAUGGUGAAACUUGGAGUUACGAUACGCCGCAGUUCAGUGCUUGAGACUACCAAAACAAUAAUCACAAACAGACCAU